CCUGAAGGCAUCGAUCGGAGUUUUACCGCAGUUUGGCCUACAUUUCACCUGCAUGCGUCAGAGCGCACACUCCACUCAGCCCUGCGCGUAAACACACACACACACACACACACACACACACACACACACACACACACGCACGCACGCACGCACGCACGCGCGCGCGCGCGCGCACGCACGCAGAGGAGUGCGUCUGUUCGCUGCCACACUUGUGUUCCUUUCAGAGGAGCCAGGAGAGGCGAACAGGACAUCCACACAUUGGCUGUUUGGUCGUACCUUCACGUGCGUAAUCAUUUUGCGCUUCACUCUUCAUCCAGACCGCCGGAGAGUUCAGACCUUUACCGCAACACAGGACGCAACGCGGAGCAGUGGUCAGACCCCCAGUUUGGUGAUUGAAUAUGAUUCCUGUGCUGAUCUGUGCGUUGAUCUCCCUGAGUGUAGCUGCCAAUGACUUAGACACUCUGUACCCUGAACUGGAGCACUCGAGAACCAUCUAUGUCACAGAAAACAACCCUCGACUCUCAGUGGCGGCAGACCAAUCGAAGGUGGUGUCGAGGCGAGGAGGAAACGCUACGUUACCGUGCAAGAUCCAAAUGGACCAAUCACUGACACCCAGCCGGAAGAUGAGGAUCAAAUGGACCAAGCUGACGUCAGACUACCUGAAGGAGGUGGAUGUUUUUGUUUCCAUGGAUUAUCACAAACGGAGUUACGGCAGUUUCCAUGGACGCGUCCACCUGCGAGGCUCCUCUCCGAUGGACGCCUCUCUGGUCAUCACAGACAUCACCCUGGAGGAUUAUGGGAGAUACAAGUGUGAAGUUAUUGACGGGCUGGAAGACGGAACAGUGGUGGUGUCACUCGACCUGGAAGGCGUCGUCUUCCCCUACUUCCCCCGCUUGGGUCGCUACAACCUCAACUUCUACGACGCUGAGCGGGCAUGUCGGGACCAGGACGCCAUCGUGGCCUCCUUUGACCAGCUGUACAAUGCGUGGCGAGGAAAGCUGGACUGGUGCAACGCCGGCUGGCUGAGUGACGGCUCGGUCCAGUAUCCUAUCACCAACCCCAGAGAACCCUGCGGAGGCAAGAACACGGUGCCAGGCGUCCGUAACUACGGACUGAGAGACAAAGAGAAGAACCAAUACGACGUGUUCUGCUUCACCUCACACUACAAAGGUCGGUUCUACUACUUGAUCCACCCCUCUAAGUUAACCUACGACGAGGCGGUCGGCGCGUGUCAGAAAGACGGCGCUCAGAUCGCCAAGGUUGGCCAGAUGUACGCCGCCUGGAAGCUGCUGGGCUACGACCGCUGCGACGCCGGCUGGUUGGCCGACGGCAGCGUGCGUUAUCCCAUCUCCCACCCCCGCCGACGCUGCAGCCCCACGGAGGCCGCCGUGAGGUUCAGCGGCUUCCCCGACAAAAAGCACAAGCUGUACGGAGUGUACUGCUUCAAGGGCCACAACUGAGACACACACACACACACACACACACACACACACACACACACACACACACACACACACACACACACACACACACACACACACACACACACACACACUCUCUCUCAAACUGUGAUGCUUUAUUUCAUGGAAACCUUAAGACAUUACUGUCGACAUGUUGCUAUGUAAUCUGCGACCUGAAACUCUCUGAGGGAUAGUUUACACAUAUUUAAGGUUCUUAUUAUUUAAUCAAUGCCUUUGAAAUGGGGGUGGGUGGGGUUAGGGUUGGAAGAUAUCACAGGCAUGUCAUAAUAUAAGAAGAAACGACACGUCUGAACUGAGAACAGUUUCACAGCAAAACGACUCGUGGUUUGGACGGAUACUUUGGGCACUUAUCUUGUUUUGUUCAAGACCUGGAAGAACAGCCACGAAAGAAACACAGAGGGAAGAAAAAAGCUCAAAUCCUGUGAUGCUUGUCAUCAGGCAGGAAUACAAGCCUCGCACAACUAAACCGAUCUUUGCUGUCCAUACUUAACAAGGUGCUACUACCGGUACUUUGUACGCCAUCAUACCGUUCAGUAUUUUACGUUUUUAUACAAAUGUGUUGGACCAAACAUCAUCACCAAAAAGAAAUAAGGAAAAGGAAAGAA